AUGCCUUCUCUUUCGUCGAUUACAGAUUCAUGGGGAGGAGCUCUUCGAUUCUAUCUCAACGGCACAAGCAUCGUCCUAGACCGCAUAGAUCCCAAUACAACCCUCCUUGAAUAUAUUCGAGAUAUAGGACUCACAGGAACAAAACUUGGGUGUGCAGAGGGAGGUUGCGGUGCGUGUACAGUUGUUAUUUCUCAGUAUAAUCCAACAACUCAUAAGAUAUAUCAUGCGAGUGUUAAUGCCUGUUUGGCACCCUUGAUUAGUGUUGAUGGAAAGCAUGUUAUUACCAUCGAAGGGAUUGGAACCACUGAUCGGCCACAUUUAACGCAAGAGCGGAUUGCGAGGGGGAAUGGGAGCCAGUGUGGAUUUUGCACGCCCGGCAUUGUGAUGAGUCUCUAUGCCCUAUUGCGAAAUAAUUCCACGCCGUCAGCAGAGGAUGUGGAGGAAACUUUUGAUGGAAAUCUGUGUCGGUGCACGGGUUAUCGUCCAAUUCUUGACGCGGCUCAGACGUUUAGCGUAGGCACAAAGUGCUGCAAGUUAAAGACAAGUGAUGGGUGCUGUAUGAAAGCGACAAAUGAUACCAAAAUCUUCGAAGGCCUAGUCAUCGAACGGGACUCUAGCCCAUCAAGUAGCAAUCGUAAACCGCCUCAGCUUAUUAAAUAUGAUCACGAUACUGAGCUUAUAUUUCCACCUGCCCUCACGAAACACGACUUUAAACCAUUGGUGUUUGGAGGCCACGAGAAGAAAUGGUUUCGUCCUGUGACAGUAAAACAAUUGUUAGAGAUAAAGAAUGUCUGUCCUUCGGCAAAAAUUGUCAGCGGAUCCACAGAGCAUCAAAUCGAGCUUCGUUUCAAGGCUAUGCAACAUGCAGUCUCUAUAUACGUGGGGGAUAUACCCGAGUUAAAGGAAUUUUUAUUUCGAGAAGAUUACGUUGAUAUCGGUGGAAAUGUCACUCUUACUGACCUGGAAACAAUCGCACUUGAAGCUGUCGACCGAUACGGUCCAGCUCGUGCUCAAGUGUUCUCAGCAAUUCAUAAACAACUUGGAUACUUUGCUGGGCGCCAGAUACGAAACGUCGGUACUCCCGCUGGUAACUUGGUUACUGCUUCACCCAUCUCUGACCUCAAUCCAAUCUUUCUCGCCGCAAAUGCUACAAUAAUUACAAAAAAUAUCGAAGGGCAAAAAGAGAUAGAAAUGUCACAAUUCUUCAAUGGUUACCGAAGGACUGCUUUACCCCCAAAUUCCAUCAUUUUUUGCAUCAGAAUACCAAUUUUAAGCGAAGCGGGUGAGUUUUUUCAAUCCUACAAGCAUUCCAAGAGAAAAGAUGACGAUAUUGCGAUUGUUAAUGCUGCAUUUAAGGUCACUUUAAGUAAGUCAAACGUGAUAAAAUGUGCUAACCUAGUGUAUGGCGGUAUGGCGCCAAUAACAAUUGUUGCAAAAAAUGCCAGUGCGUAUUUGAAUGGAAAAAGAAUUGACGAUACAACUACUAUAGAAGGUGCCAUGAAAUCUCUAGAAGAGGACUUUAAUUUAAGUUUCAGUGUUCCAGGGGGGAUGGCAACUUUUCGGAGAUCGCUUGCAUUUGGAUUUUUCUAUCGCUUUUAUAAUGAAAUUUUAUCUAAGCUCGAUUUCCUAAAUAAUUAUCUAGAUCAAGAGGAAACAUCAGAGAUUAAACGAAAAAUUUCUACUGGUUGGGAAGACAAGGAUUGUGCUAUUUCUUAUCAACAGAGGAUCAUUGGAAAACCAGAGCCUCACUUAGCAGCACUCAAGCAGGCCUGUGGUGAAGCACAGUACACUGACGACUUAUUUGUGCGGAAAAACGAGCUAUUUGGUAGUCUUGUAUUGUCAACCAAAGCGCAUGCUAAAAUUCUUUCAGUUGAUUAUCUUCCAGCAUUAGAGAUUCCUGGAGUUGUCGAUUGGUUAGAUCAUACAGAUAUGCCUUCACCGAAGGCAAAUUUUUGGGGAGCUCCUAUUUCUGACGAGACAUUUUUUGCCGUUGAUGAAGUAUUUACAGCGGGACAGCCCAUUGGAAUUGUGCUGGCUUCAACUCCCCAUUCAGCUCUACAGGGCUCAAGAGCUGUCAAAGUAAAAUAUAACGAGUUGCCAGCAAUUCUCACAAUUGAGGAGGCGAUAAAAAAUGAAAGCUACUUCCAGCAUUCUAGGUAUAUUAAGAAGGGUGACACUAGGGAAGCCUUCUCGAAAGCGGACAACAUUUUCACUGGUUUUGCAAGAAUUGGGGGCCAAGAACAUUUCUAUCUCGAAACCCAGGCGUGUGUAGCGAUCCCGAAACCAGAAGACGGUGAAAUAGAGAUCUAUGCUAGUACACAAAAUCCUACUGAAACUCAGACUUAUGUUGCACAAGUCUGUAAUCUUUCUGCCAAUAAAGUUGUUUGUAAAGUUAAACGUCUAGGUGGUGGUUUUGGUGGGAAAGAAACACGUUCGGUUCAACUCAGUGCAAUCGUAGCUCUGGCGGCUAAAAAGACUGGCCGUCCGGUGCGUUGCCAGUUAAACCGCGAUGAAGACAUGAUCACUUCUGGGCAACGGCACCCAUUCCUAGCCCAGUGGAAAGUCGGAGUUCAUAAAGAUGGUAAAAUUCAGGCUCUUGAAGCAGAAGUAUUUUGUAAUGCAGGCUGGUCGCAGGACCUUAGUGCGGCAGUCUGUGAUAGAGCUCUCAGCCACAUUGACGGCUGCUAUAGCAUACCUAAUAUUGAUGUGAGAGGUAGAUUAUGCAAGACUAACACCAUGUCUAAUACAGCAUUUAGAGGAUUUGGAGGACCUCAAGGACUAUUCAUUGCCGAGACUUUCAUGGAAGAAAUUGCGGAUCGGCUCGACAUACCCGUAGAAACACUUCGUCAAAUAAACCUGUACAAGCCAGGCGACUCAACUCAUUUUAAUCAAACACUGGAAGACUGGCAUGUACCUUUGAUGUACCAGCAGGUUCAGGAUGAAAGUUUAUAUGCUGAGCGUAGAAAAGAAGUAACCAAAUUCAAUUCCUUACAUCGAUGGAAGAAACGUGGCCUAUCUCUGAUCCCUACUAAAUUUGGAAUCUCAUUUACAGCAUUAUUCCUAAAUCAAGCUGGUGCUCUUGUUCAUGUCUAUCAAGAUGGUUCUAUCCUCGUCGCUCACGGUGGAACAGAAAUGGGCCAAGGCCUUCAUACUAAAAUGACAAUGGUCGCUGCUGAGGCUCUAGGAGUCCCUUUGUCCGCUGUUUUUAUUUCCGAAACAGCCACAAAUACUGUAGCCAAUACAUCCUCUACUGCUGCUUCGGCGUCGUCGGAUUUAAACGGCUACGCAAUACUGGAUGCCUGUACCCAGAUCAAUACUCGUCUAGUCCCAUAUCGCGCAAAGCUUGGUCCACAGGCUUCUAUGGAGGAGCUCGCCCGUGCUGCGUAUCUAGAUCGUGUAAAUCUCUCAGCUAAUGGCUUCUACAAAACCCCCGAUAUUGGGUAUGUUUGGGGGGAAAAUACCGGUCAGAUGUUUUUCUACUUUACCCAGGGCGUUGCCAUGGCAGAAGUAGAGGUUGAUACCUUGACCGGAGAGUGGACUUGCCUACGGGCGGAUGUGAAGAUGGAUGUCGGGAAAAGUAUCAACCCCAGUAUUGAUUAUGGCCAGGUCCAAGGGGCCUUUGUACAGGGGAUGGGCCUCUUCACUAGCGAAGAAAGCCUAUGGUACGAGAGCGGCGCCAUGAAAGGGCAGCUCGCAACACGCGGGCCCGGCACCUACAAGAUUCCCGGCUUUCGCGAUAUACCUCAAGAGUUCAAUGUCUCUCUUCUCAAAGGCGUCGAGUGGAAAAAUUUGCGGACGAUUCAACGAAGCCGUGGCGUCGGGGAGCCGCCACUUUUCUUAGGUAGCGCAGUGUUCUUCGCUAUUCGUGAUUCGUUGAAGGCAGCUCGAAGCCAGUAUGGGACGAGCGCCGAGAUUGGAGUCGAUGAGGGAUCGGGUCUCCUGCGUUUAGUCAGUCCAGCUACUACAGAGCGAAUCCGGACCAGCUGCGUCGAUCCUAUCGUCGAGCGCGCCAGGGUCAAAGCCUUGGAGGGGGAACGGAGUUUUUUCGUGAGUAUCUAG